AUGCCCACAGAGGUUGCCGAAGCGGCAACCCCCGUGCAGCUGAGCGACGCCGUCUAUUCCUCUUCGAGCGAGAGGUCGUCUCAGCAAGAGGUUGACCCUCAAGAGCCGUCGCCAGGUGUUGGGUUGGACUUCCCCGAGCACGAGCCUCCGCUUACGCCGGAGCCGUCGCCGCCAGAGCACGAUGAGGAGGCGCCACGCCUUCUCCCUGUGGAGUCGUCGGGCCUGCGGGAGCCUCCGCUUACGCCGGAGCUGCCGUCGCCUCCGGAGCACGAUGAGGAGGCGCCACGCCUUCUCCCUGUGGAGUCGUCGGGCCUGCGGGUGGAGGGGGACGUGCCGUGGGCCGAACCGCCGUCCUUGCCCGCAGAGGCGGACGAGGCGGCCCUCAGCCAACGGCUCAGCACCGGAAGCCCGACAGUCGACUCGGACGGCACGAGCGACGCCCGGCGCUCGCGUGUCAGCUCCAGCGACUCCAGGGCGGCCGACUCGGACGGCGAGGUGCGGCGGUCGCGUGCGAGCUCCACUGCGCUCGAGCGUGUCCGGAGGGCAAAGCUGACGCGGGCGAGAGCCUCGCAAGGGCACAGGCCGUCGGUCUCUCCGCACCCGCCCGAGCCGCCGUCAGACCGCCGCUCGAGCGACGACGUCACGGCCGCGGGCCGCUUCAUGACGUCUUCGUCUUCCUCCGGCUUGAAGGUGGACUCGGGCACUUCCGACUCGGACUCGGACGGGCCGCAGGAGCCGCCAACGCCGCAGCCGCGCCGUCCGCCGCUCCCGUCGGCAGAGUCGUCAGACUUGUGGAGCAUAUCCACUAAGUCGGACCGGCCGCCCUCGCCGGGCGCGCCCUCUCGGCAUGAGUUUGUCCUCGUUAUGCCCACGCCCAGCGACGACGAGGCGCCGAGCGACGACGCCGUCAAAGAGGCCCCGUGGCGGGAGGGGCAGUCCGGCUCUGCGCUUGGCGGCAAGGGGGGGUGGGGCGGCACCGACGAGGCGGAGGCCUCGCUCGAGGCGAGGAGCGCCUACUCGCGGGCGCGCAAGCGCGUCGACGAGGGCUGCAGCCGCACCUCCAGGCGUGUGUGGGUUGCCCUCGGCGCUUCGAUCGUCCUUGCCGUAGCUCUCGGCACUGGCCUCGGCCUCGGGCUUGGGCAGCGCACACCGCCGGCGGGAGAGGUGGGGCGGAAUGUCGCUCCCGCGCCGCCCGCGCCGCCCGAUGCUCUCACAUCAGAGACCAGGCUGAUUGCGACCCUCGACCUCAGUGGCAACAACUCCGCGCUUGUCGGCGGCCUGACCCGCUCGGACCUCAUCCUCGCCGUCGACACCAAUGUCUGGGAAGCCGGGACGCCGAAGAUCACCUCGAUUGAGGUGUCGCAGAGCUUCGAUGUGGUCGCGGAGAGGCCCUCUGACACGGCAGGAGUUGGCGCGGCAGCCGAGCCGUGGACUGGCGACUGGCAGACGCUCCUUUGCAGCGCAAGCGCGUUCCCUGCCAGCGACUACGGCGACUGCACUGCGACGGCCUCGCCCUCGGGCCAGCGGCGGCUCAGCGAGACGUCGCGCUUUAUCGGCACCGUUGUGGCGGAGCUGAUUGCGGCGGACCGGCCGGUGGCGCGCCUCCCUGACUUUGUGGGCGUCGAGGUUGCUUCGGUGGCCCUGACCAGCGUCAAGGUGGUGACGAGCACAAUCGCGGCGCCGUCCAACCGCGAGAACCUCGAGGAAGAGGCCGCCAACAUCCUCAGCGCGCAGGAGAACGCCGUCGCAAGCGCCCUUGCGUCGAUCGUCGAGGUGUCCGAGGGCGACCCUCUGGACCUCGUGGCCACGCAGGGGCCCUCCGCCGCCGUCGCCGCCGCCAUCGCCGCCGCCGUCGCCGCCGCCGUCGCCGCCGCCUUCCCCUCCGCCUCCGUCGCCGCCACCGCCGUCGCCACCGCCGUCGCCUCCGCCCUCGCCUCCGCCGCCCUCGCCGCCGCCGCCCUCACCUCCGCCCCCGAGCCCACCUCCCUCGCCGCCGCCGCCCUCGCCGCCGCCGCCCUCGCCGCCACCCCCGAGUCCACCGCCCUCGCCGCCUCCACCCUCGCCGCCGCCACCAUCACCGCCGCCAUCGCCGCCACCACCCAGUCCGCCGCCACCGAGCCCGCCGCCACCCUCACCGCCACCGCCCUCGCCGCCGCCACCAUCACCGCCGCCAUCGCCGCCACCACCCAGUCCGCCGCCACCGAGCCCGCCGCCACCCUCACCGCCACCGCCCUCGCCGCCGCCACCAUCACCGCCGCCAUCGCCGCCACCACCCAGUCCGCCGCCACCGAGCCCGCCCGUGCCACCGUUACCUCCCCCGCCCUCGCCGCCGCCGCCGAGUCCACCACCCCCCUCACCGCCACCUCCAUCGCCUCCGCCGCCUUCACCACCGCCGCCCUCACCGCCGCCGCCGUCGCCGCCGCCCUCGCCACCGCCGCCCUCGCCGCCGCCCCCGUCGCCGCCGCCCCCGUCGCCGCCGCCCUCGCCUCCGCCGCCUUCACCACCUCCACCAUCGCCUCCACCGCCCAGACCAGCUCCGCCUAG